AUGGCUCCUUCAGCGACAUCAGAUAUUGUGGUCCAGCUCCCAGAGGUGAAAGUGGGGGUAGCCAAACAACCAGAAAAACACGUUCAUGGUGCUGAAGACAAGACUCCUUUGGAGGCUAUUAGCCAUGGACCUCUUAUUCAUCCUGGUGAGAAGAAAGUUUUCAUCUAUUGUUUCAAUGGGAGAGAAGAAUUGGUGCAAAACUGCGCUCUGUCAUGGUCCUGGUCUGCCCUUGAGAACUUGUCGACAUCUUCGACUGGAACAGAACAGAUGCUGGGAAUUCCAACAUUCGCCACCCAUGCCGAAGAAAGAGCACAUAUCCUAACCCAUACUGCAGCUGUCUUCCGAGACUUCUCACGCAAAGGUUUCACCGAAGGAAUGUCUGGCCACAUCUCUGUCCGGGAUCCAGAAUAUCCUAAUUACAUCUGGAUGAACCCACUUGGAAAGCACUUUGGUCUCAUGACUGCUGGCGACUUGAUCUGUCUCGAUAUUCACACUGGAAAAGUAGUUGGAGGAAACAAGAGCAGAACAGCCAACUCUGCAGGAUUCUUGAUUCAUUCUGAGCUCCACAAAGCGAGACCCGAUGUUCAUGCCGUAUGCCACGCACACACAAACGCUGGUCGAGCAUGGUCAAGUUUCGCUACUGGAUUAGACAUGCUGAAUCAGGAUAUCUGCUACCUCUACGACUCGAUUGCUGUGUAUGCAGCAUAUGGUGGCAUUGUAUUUGCCGAGGAGGAAGGCAAAAACAUUGCUCGUGCUUUAGGUCCUAAGAACAAGGUUGCAAUUCUUCUCAAUCAUGGGCUUUUGUCAACUGGAAGCACCGUUGACGAAGCCGGCUUCUUGUUCGGACUUUUGGAUCGUGGCUGCGCGAUGCAACUCCAAAUCGAAGCCGCCAGAGCUGGUAACCCAUCGCUGAAGAAACACGUGGUUAGCGACGAAGAGGCCGCGUAUAACUUCAAGAUGGCAAGUGAGAAGAAUGCUCUGUAUGCUGAAGCUCAACCAGAUCUGGAUUAUGAGUUUGCCAUGGCUGGGCCGGGUGUGAUUGAGAAAGGGGUUGAGAAUAUGAGGAUUGAUGUGGUCUAAACGAGGUUUUGGUGUGAUUGUCGAAGACCUUGCAUGACUCGGGUUUCUUUUAGUAAAAAUGUGUCACGAUGUCAGUAUUGACAGCUUUGCCGAUCGUGAAGCUGCCAAGAGACAGAAUGUCUCAAUUCAUGGCUUGAUAUGCAUUAGUUAUCGGUAGUUUCGCUAUUGAUAAUCGAAGAUCGUGAGAUUCUAUCAAG